UUCACGGUCCCCACUGACAGACUGCGUCUGCCACUGGCAGGGCGUGGGAUAGUCAGGUAUCGCUUAAGUGUAUCUUCCCGGCCACUGUUCACAUAGCAACCCCGAACAUUGCCUUUCAAGAACAAAUGAAGUCUUGUAUGGAGAAUGAACAUCGCGACGCUUUUUAUGACACCGGAACGCACCGUCACCGCUCCCAGACAUGCGUCUAGUAGAAUCUUCGUCUUAGUUUUCCACUAGCCUCUGCAUGGCUCUACUUCAUUUUGGACUAAAGUGAUUUUGAAGAUGGCAGGAUGCUUAUCAGAGCCACUUUGUCAGCCGUGUGUCUACCAUGAGGCGUUUAAAGUGGAGUUACAGGUGAAGAGACCCCUCAUGCCGCUCCACCUGAGUCCAGAACAGGUGGCUGUGGAGAUGCUGUGUCUCUGUGGGCAGCUGGACCUCCUCAUCAGGGCGCAGAUGCAAGAGUUUCAGGAGCAGUUAAGACAAGGCUGUAGCCCAGAGGAGUCGGACACCUUUCAGGCCCAAGGAUCGGAAAUUCUCGACCAGAUGCUGCAGUGCCUUGAACAUCUACCAAAGCCUAUGCCACAACUGGAGGACUACCUGGAUAUGGUGGGUUUGUCAGCCAUGUUUCCUCGCGUGGAGGUGUUCCUCAUUCAAGGCAGCCCGGUGGACAUGUUAGAAAGGCCGCCCAUGGACGACUAUUUCUCCCACAUCGCUAAACUGAAUCAGCUGCUGGUGCUGAGUCAGCAGCUGGAGGAGGACAUCAGGCACCUGGGAAGUCACAAAUACAUCGCCCACCAGCUUUCUGUUAUAUAUCAAGUCAUCUGCUCUUUUCGAGGUGUCGACAUGUUCUCUGAGAUGAAAAAGAACAUCGAGGGCAACUUCAAACAGAUGAAAGAGUCUCUGGUGGUGGAGGAGGGAUCGCGGCACGAACCUCAGUUGGCUGCUUAUUAUGUCAAUUGGAUAUUGGACAUUACUCACAAGCUGACAUCUGCAGUGUUGUCGCUACCGGAUGAGUUGACCGAUGACCUGGAUCAGGCCAUGACCUUCAUGUCGCAGUUUGCGUCUUGAUAAUGUGUGCGGAGGACGACAUUCUUCGAGGACUCGCACGGUGCUACGCCAUUUGACUUGGCAGCGGGAUUAUAAAAUCCAAUUCAUUUGCUAACUUGUCGGUUUUUGCAUUGGUUUGUCUGAAUCUUCCCCCCAAUUGUCACCACUGUUAUGAAUGCUUUUUAUACCUGUAACAAUAAAUU